AUGGCCGAAUUCAUUGGUAGCAUUGAUCAAGGAACCACCAGUUCGAGGUUCUUGAUUUUCAACAAGGCUGGAGAGCCAGUUGCAUCUCAUCAAGAGGAAUUCUCCCAAAUCUACCCUCAGCCUGGAUGGCAUGAACAUGAUCCUGAGGAAAUCGUCUCCUCCGUACACAACUGCAUUGAGGGUGCUGUUGAAGCUUUCAAGAAGGACGGAAACUCAGUCGACAGUAUCAAGGCCAUUGGCAUUACAAAUCAGCGCGAGACGACCGUUGUGUGGGACAUUGAGUCAGGAGAGGCACUUUACAACGCCAUUGUCUGGACAGAUACUCGUUCUCAGCACAUUGUGAAAGAGUUGAAGUCUCGCAAGGGUGCCGAUGAGUUGACACAAAAGUGCGGUCUGCCGCUCUCGACCUACCCCAGUGUCACCAAGCUUCUGUGGCUGCUCAAGAAUGAGCCCAGAGUAAAGGAGGCAUACGAGAAGGGCACCCUCGCAUUUGGAACUAUCGAUGCAUGGCUUGUUUACAAGCUCAACGGACAUGAGAAGCGAGUCUUUGUCUCUGACCCCACCAACGCUUCUCGCACAAUGUUCAUGGACAUUCACACACUCAAGUACAACCCUGAGCUCAUUGCCUUCUUCGGCGAUGAGGAGUUCGAUCUCUCCAGAAUCCACAUGCCCGACAUUGUCAAGUCUUCGGACGCAAAGGCUUAUGGCACAAUCGGUUCGGGAGUUCUGUCCGGCUUUAGCCUCACCGGAUGUCUGGGUGACCAGUCUGCUGCCCUGGUCGGUCAGAAAGGUUUCGAUGCAGGCAGUGCAAAGAACACAUACGGUACAGGUUCGUUCAUCUUGUACAACACUGGCAACAAGCCCGUCAUCUCUACCCAUGGCCUCCUCACCACUGUUGCAUAUGACUUUGACGGAACACCAAGCUAUGCUCUUGAGGGAUCUAUUGCAGUUGCAGGUUCAGGUGUCAAGUUCCUCAUGAACAACUUGGGUUUCAGCUUCGAUUCGUCAAAAAUCACCGAGCUCGCUGGUACAGUGGAAAACAACGGCGGUCUUGUCUUCGUCACAGCAUUCAGUGGUCUCUUUGCACCAUACUGGAUCACCGAUACUCAAGGUACCAUCUUCGGUAUCACUCAACACACACAAAGAGGGCACAUCGCUCGCGCUACACUCGAGGCUGUCUGCUAUCAGACAAAAGCCGUACUAGAUGCCAUGGAGAAGGACAGCGGUCACCCUCUCCAAGAGCUCAAGGUUGAUGGUGGCAUGUCAAACAGCGAACUGUGCAUGCAGAUCCAAGCAGACGUCCUAGCUGAGAACAAGAUCCCUAUUGUCAGACCCAAGAUGCGUGAGACCACCGCAUUGGGAGCUGCGAUCGCCGCUGGCUUUGCCGCUGGUGUCUGGAAGAGCUUCGAGGAAUUGAAGGAGGUCAACACCCUUGGACAGACCACCUUCGAAGCCAAGAUGGACGCAAAGGACAGCGCAAAGGGAGUCAAGCGCUGGGAAAGGGCAGUCAACAUGUGCCGAGGAUGGCUUGUCGACGACGAGUGA